GGAGCACUAUUUGAAAGCCGCUCGUCUUUGUCUUGUUUACCUACUGAACUCGGUGUCCAAGGAGCCUGUCGCUAAAUCGUGCUUGUUGGUGCUAAACUAUAUCCCCGUAUUUUAUUUGAAUCUGUUUGCCCUCGUUGCAGCCAAAGUUGACAUGUCUUCUGCUGAAGUUCGUGCUGUGCAGCUCCCAGCCGGAGAGAAGCCCAUGAAGAUGAUGGGUAAAGCCGUCGUGGGUCUGAGGAGAGCUGCUCUCGGAGAGAUCACCAACUUUAAAGCAGCAGCAGUCAACACCAAGAAGAUGGGCCCUGCCAAAGCUUCAUUCAAACCCUCAGUGAAAGCCUCCAUUGCCCCUAGAGCUCUACCUGUGGUGCUGCCCAUGGCCCCGGCCCCUGCAGACCCCCUCCCCACAUUCUCAGAGGAGUCUGCUGAUGUGUCCAUGAAGGAGGCGGAGGAGGAGGAGCUGUGCCAGGCGUUCUCUGAUGCGCUGCUCAUGGUGCAGGAUGUGGAUGAGGAGGACGGGGACCUGCCGCAGCUCUGCUCAGAAUAUGUCAAAGAUAUCUACAGCUACCUGCACGUCCUGGAGGUGGAGCAGGCUGUACGACCCAACUACAUGCAGCAUUAUGAGAUCACUGAGCGCAUGCGGGCUGUCCUGGUGGACUGGCUGGUCCAGGUGCACUCCAGGUUCCAACUGCUGCAGGAGACUCUGUACCUCACAGUUGCCGUCCUGGAUCGAUUCCUCCAGGUCCAGCCGGUCUCUCGCAGGAAGCUGCAGCUUGUCGGUGUGACGGCCAUGCUGGUGGCCUGUAAAUACGAGGAGAUGUACGCUCCAGAGGUGGGAGACUUCGCCUACAUCACAGACAGCGCCUUCACAAAGGCUCAGAUUCUGGAGAUGGAGCAGCUGAUUCUGAGGACCCUCAACUUUGAGCUGGGACGCCCUCUUCCUCUGCACUUCCUGAGACGGGCUUCCAAAGUGGGAAACUCUGAUGUAGAGAGACACACGCUGGCCAAGUACCUGAUGGAGUUGACGCUCCUUGACUACCACAUGGUGCACUAUCGGCCCUCUGAGAUUGCUGCUGCUUCUCUGGCGCUCUCCCAGCUGCUGCUGAUAGCCCUGCCCUGGUCUCCUCAGCAGCAGCACUACUCUACUUAUGACGCCGCCCAUCUGAAGCCCAUCAUGCAGCACAUCGCCAAUAACAUAGUGAUGGUCAACGAGGGGAAGACAAAGUUCCAGGCUGUGAAGAACAAGUACUCGAGCAGCAAGCUGAUGAAGAUCAGCCUCAUCCCUCAGCUGAACUCGUCCAUCAUCAAGACCAUGGCGGCCGCUCUGCUCAGCAAUCCUUGAGAACUUUUACAUCAUCAGUGGAUGUUUCACUUGCACUUUAUUUAAGAUUGAUUACAUUCUGUGGAUAAACUAUAGUACUUUUUUUUAAUAAAAUCUUUUAAAUAUUUUAA